AUGAACAUUGAACUGCCAUCACUGAACAAAUCUUGUCAACCAUAUUUCUCUGACCCAGAGCUGUCGGACUCAUCCUCUCUAUCGACCAGUGGUUCUGGGUCACCUGUGGGUAUCCAACUUGGACUUGAUAUAGCAGAUGAAACUUUGGACGGCGAUGAAGCUGUGGGCUCUGAUCAGGAUUACUAUGACAAUAUUGCGCCACUUGAUAUAAGUGAAGACCCUUUAUUUCAGCAAUCAGAUGCUAUCUUCAAAUGGCUAGAAGGCCAAAAGUCUCAACCUGAUGCCCUCGGCGAACUAGAAACUCUUCCUUCUGCCUUUCGAGAGUCGCCUCCUAUCCGGAAUGCUUACAUCCGUGCAUUUAUCAUGUCUUCUUAUCAUGGUGCUACUCAUGCAGCAGUCAGCGAAUUUCUUCAGGGCCAAAGGGCACUUUUUCAAUCAAUAAAAGAAUACAGUGGCGGCGGCCUAUUUCACGAUCUCGAUACUAUGGCAAUUACCCUUCCAACUGUAGAAAAACGUUUGGGUCUUUCCUGUGACCCGUAUAUUUCAUAUUACUUUCUUUGCAGUGCUUGCUGGCGGCCUCAUCAUUCAAGCGAGUUUCCCUCACUUGAAUCACCUGAAUGCCCACAUGCGACUUGUUCAGGACUUCUCUACACGAUCAAGCCUGCUGAAAAUGGGAUGGAAAGACGUAUUCCAAUCAAGUUUCUGCCUUGCAUUAAUCUAGAUGCUGUGCUUCAACGGAUCUUGCUUUGCCCAGGAAAAUUUGAUCAGAUGCAGCAUUGGCGGCACCAAGGAGAUGAACCAGGGAUUGUUCCACCGAUCUCAGAGGCCGAACACUACAGUUGUCACCCAGUUGACGAAAAGAUGCAUGACAUACAUGAUGGCUGGGGCUGGCAAGCCAUUGAAGCUGGCCUAAGGCGUGUCAGGGCACACCCGCCUGACCCGGCUCCACCCGGCCCAACCUGA